AUGACUGGACGAGGGACGCUUACCGAUCAUGUUGAGAAAGUUGAAGGUGCAAUUCAGCAGAUUCUUGAGAAGUUGAAAAUGGUUCCACAAGAUCAAGUGGUGGUGCCGGCGGAUCUGGUGGAUUUGAAGCUUCUUGUGAUGGGUCUUGUGGCAAAGAUCGAGAAGAUGGAAGAAACUCUUUCAUCUGGGGCUGGAUCAUCAAUUUCUGUUGCUGAUGGGUUGGUUGAUAUGCAACCACCAAUUGGUGGAGAUACUAAAGAAGAGGUUGAGAAAGACAAGUUCUUGGCAAAAGAGAAAGUUGUUGAACCGGCGAAGGUUGAUGGCAAUGGAAAUGGCUCUAAGGGGAAAGGCAAGGGCUGUUUCAAGUGUGGAAAAGAAGGUCAUCGAAUUCGAGAAUGUCCAUUGUGGGCAAAGAAUGGGGCUGUUCCUGCGAAUACUCUCCAAGUGGAAGAAGUUGCUAAUGAAGAAGCAAUCAUUCCAGGGUUGGGUAUUAUGCAGGUUGUUGAAUAA